UUUCUCUCUCUUCACAUAAAGCUGCAGUGCAGGGGGACACUCCCUCUUUGCAACAUAAAUAUGCGCCGCGACAACAUUAAAUGUUUUUUUUACUUAUAAUUGAAUUAUCUAUUAAAUGUUUUUCUUUUACCAUGUUAGUUCCCUUUCUUCAUCUUCCAAAACACACUCUCCACGGUUCUCUUCUCUCAAACCUAUGUGCCCUAGAUCCAUGGCUUCCUUAUCCAACCUUAACAUCACUUUCUGAGUUCAAAUGCUACCCUUUUUCACUCUUUCCCUUUGGGUGCUGCUGGGAACAGGAGCUCUAUGUUGAAGGUGCCAUGCCUUGGAAAUUCCCUUUCACAAGGUUAUGAGGAUCUGGCUAUAGUUGUAAAUUUGCAGGCUUUGAUAUCUCCUGGAUUGGAAAUUAGCAGGUUUUCACUGGGAAAAUUGUUUUACUGUGGAAAGAACUCUCAUUUUCAAGAUAUCAACGUUUUUGCUUCAAGUGGGUAGAGUAAAGUUAUGAUUUUUGAGGUUUGAUUUGUUGAAUUUGAGGGUUUUACUGCUAGUUGGAUUGUACAUGUUCUUGGGUUUUUAUGGAUGGAUUGUGUCUUUUUGUUUGCUGAUUUGUGACCAAAUUUGGGUUGGGAUGAGUAGUGGGUUUCUAUUGUGAAUAAAUUAUGUACUUUUUUUUUUUUUUGGUGUGUAAUAUUUGAGAAGAGUUCUGGCUGAGUCUGGUGGUUAUGGUUAUGGGAACUGAAGAAGAGGAUAAUAGGAUAAGAUAGAAUAGAAUAUUGGAAAUGCAAUUGAAAGGGUAAACAUUGAGAUUGGAGCUUGGUUUUGUGGGAGGGGGAAGUUGAUGUGCAUAAUGGGUUGCAUGUGUUGCAAGCCCUCUGCCAUUGAGGAUAGUAAGGAGAGUCCAAGGGAGCGUUUAUCAAGCAAGUCUGCUUUGGACUCUCGUGUGUCUAGGGGAACUUCAUCAAGGAGGGAGGAAUCAUAUAGGGUAAAGGAUAGAUAUGAUAACAAUGAUGGGAGAACUGCUUUGAUUGAUAAGCAAGGGAAUGGCUCUGUUAGAGUGCAAGGUGAUAAUUUUGAAAGGAAGAGGGAGAAAAUGGAAUAUGCUGUUGCUCUACAUCCAGGGAUUGGUAGUGUUCCCAAAGCCGUGGAAGGGGAGCAGGUUGCAGCUGGAUGGCCCUCAUGGCUGGCAGCAGUGGCUGGAGAGGCUAUCAAGGGAUGGCUGCCGCGGCGUGCAGAUUCUUUUGAGAAGUUGGAUAAAAUUGGCCAGGGAACUUAUAGUAAUGUUUAUAGAGCUCGUGAUCUUGAACAAAAAAAGAUUGUUGCUUUGAAAAAAGUGAGGUUUGAUAAUCUUGAGCCUGAGAGUGUUCGCUUCAUGGCAAGGGAAAUUCACAUUCUGCGUAGGCUUGAUCAUCCAAAUGUCAUAAAACUGGAAGGCCUGGUUACAUCAAGGAUGUCUUGCAGCUUAUACCUUGUUUUUGAGUACAUGGAGCAUGACUUGGCUGGGCUUGCUUCACAUCCUGGACUGAAGUUUACAGAAGCACAGGUUAAAUGUUACAUGCAGCAACUUUUAUGCGGACUUGAUCACUGCCACAGCUGUGGUGUACUGCACCGUGACAUAAAGGGUUCCAAUCUUUUGAUUGACAACAAUGGAAUCUUGAAAAUUGCAGACUUUGGUUUGGCAAGCUUUUUCGAUCCCAAACAAAUUCAGCCACUGACAAGCCGAGUUGUCACUCUUUGGUAUAGGCCGCCAGAGCUCUUACUUGGAGCCACUUACUAUGGCACUGCUGUAGAUUUAUGGAGUACAGGUUGCAUACUUGCUGAACUGUAUGCUGGCAAGCCUAUAAUGCCUGGAAGAACUGAGGUGGAGCAGUUACAUAAAAUUUUUAAACUUUGUGGUUCACCUUCUGAAGACUAUUGGAGAAAAUCAAAGUUGCCUCAUGCAACAAUAUUUAAGCCUCAACAGCCAUAUAGGCGUUGUGUUGCUGAAACAUUCAAGGACUUUCCUGCACCUGCAAUAGAACUGAUAGAGACCCUUUUGUCCAUAGAUCCUGCUGAUCGAGGAAGUGCAGCAUCUGCUUUGAAGAGUGAGUUCUUCUCAACAAAGCCUCUACCUUGUGAUCCUUCAAGCUUGCCAAAGUAUCCUCCUAGCAAAGAAUUUGAUGCCAAAGUACGAGAUGAAGAAGCCAGAAGACAAGGAGCAGCAGGAAGCAAGGGCCAGAGACACGACCUUGAGAGAAGAGGAGCAAGAGAAUCGCGAGCCAUUCCUGCACCUGAUGCCAAUGCUGAACUGGUCUUGUCGAUGCAGAAGAGACAAGGGCAAGCUAAUUCUCAAAGCAGGAGUGAGAAAUUUAACCCUCAUCCUGAAGAAGCUGCUUCUGGAUUUCCCAUUGAUCCCCCAAGACCAUCACAAACUGUAGAAGUAAGUGCGGAUCCCCAGGUACUUCAACAUAAAAGAGCCUCCCAUUCAGGUCCACUGACUCACCGUGCUGCAUGGGCUAAAGCCGGGAAGAACCAGGACGACGCUCCAAAGAUUUCAAUGGGGGGUGACUUAUCAACAAUCUCGGGCUUAGUUGCAGCCAGGAGGAGUAUGUUGUCUGACGAUCGCAGAGAAAGAUCUGGAUCUUCACAAGCAGAGGCUCCAAAACUAAUAAGCAGGUUCCCAGGAUCCUUCAAGGAGGCCUCUGAAUCGAUGAUGCAACAGGAUCAGAAGCAUCAUGCACAUGCUCCUCAGAAGGAAGAAGGGAGAGGCAGCAACAAAGACCCCAAUCUUGUUGGUUAUGGGUCAAAGGGUCAUAAAAUUCAUUAUUCUGGUCCAUUGCUAGUUCCAUCAAGCAACAUGGAUCAGAUGUUGAAAGACCAUGACCGCCAAAUUCAAGAGGCAGUUAGAAGAGCACGUUUGGACAAGGCAAAAAUGAGAAGACUCCAAGCUGAGGGGAACCAGAUAACCAAUUCAUUAUUUGUUUCUGGUCGUUGAGUUUUUAGAGCCUUUAUGCAGCAAAGCAUUAUUAAGAAUAUUUGAUUCUUUCCCUCCUUCCUCCUUUUUAUUUUCUUUUAUAUUUUGCCUGUACAGGGAGUUAAGGUAUCCCUAGCAAAAAUGCACCCCUCUGGCUAUGUUAGGUAACUCUUUAGCUUAGGAAUCUUCCCCUCCACUUUAUCACAUCACAUGUAUUUUCUUUCCACUUACAGCUGCAAUUCCUAAUAUAUGGCCAUUCUUGUAAAGCUUAUCAGCCUUAAGCUGUGGAGUAAUGGGGGACCAUGUCUUCCUUAUGUUUAACUUAUGAUAGAGUAAUUAUCACUCGGAACAUGGCUAUGUAUGUAUGUAUGUAA